CUGUGAUAUAUAGCUAUUACGUGUGUUGAAGUUGAUAGGAUAACGUUAAAAAAUCAUUACAAUAUUUUCACCAGAAAACCUAAAAGAAUCCAAAGUCUACACCCAAAACAGGAAAAACUCAGAUUCAGAUAUCUCUCUUAAUUGGGUUUGAUUUGGUGUUCAUUUGCUGUCCUUAAAUGGAAUUGACCUGUAACUCCAUAUAUGUUAAUAAACUCAUACAUUACAAUCAGUCUUCUUCACCACUAGCAUUUUAAGACUACUGUCAUCUUUUAUACAUAUACCUACCAAAGAACCAGAACAAGAACAAGAAGAAGGGUUUCUUUUAGGCAUAAGUUGUAUCAGGGAGAAAAAAAAAAGAAAAAAGAAUGGAUCUGUCCAUGGGUAGUGGUGGUGCUUCUGGUGAUGAACAAGAAACUUCCAACUCUAGAAAGGGGAAAAAGGCUUACCAUCGCCAUACUUCUCGCCAAAUUCAGCAGCUUGAAAAAUAUUUCAAGGAUUGCCCACAUCCGGAUGACAACCAAAGGCGCCAAUUGAGUAAGGAACUGGGUCUUGAUCCUAAACAGAUCAAGUUCUGGUUCCAAAACAAAAGAACUCAAACAAAGGCUCAAAAUGAGAGAGCAGAUAAUUCGGUUCUUCGAGCGGAGAAUGAAAGGAUUCAAUGUGAAAAUCUUGCUAUCAGAGAAGCACUAAAGAAUGUAAUUUGCCCAUCUUGUGGAGGUCCUCCUUUCGGAGAGGAAGAACGCCAACAUAGUUUGCAAAAACUUCAGCUGGAAAAUGCACAACUGAAGGAAGAGCAUGAGAAAGUAUCUGGACUCCUUGCCAAAUACAUAGGAAAACCAAUUUCCCAACUUGAUUCAUUGCUUCCUAUGCAUGGAUCUCCAAUGGAGUAUAUGCCAGUUGGUCUUCGUAAUCAAAGGACAGGAAGUCCAUCUCUUGAUCUUGAACUCAAUCCAGGUUUUCUUGCCCACCACAUUCCAAUGCCUUACCACCUUAAAGGAAUUCCAGAAAUGGAAAAGGCACUCAUGCAUGAAACUGCUGCUAGUGCUAUGGAGGAAUUGAUAAGGCUGCUGCGAAUCAGUGAACCUUUAUGGAUCAAAUCCCAGUCUGAUGGAAAAUAUGUUAUUCAUCGCGACAGCUAUGACAAAGUAUUCCCAAGGACUAAUCAUUUCAAAGGCUCAAAUGCACGUAUUGAGUCAUCAAAGGAAUCAGUAAUGGUGGCAAUAAAUGCAUUGAAUUUAGUGGAAAUAUUCUUGGAUCCGAAUAAAUGGGUCGAUCUGUUUCCGACAAUUGUCACUAAAGCUAGCAUAAUUCAAGUACUUGAAACAGGAAUGCUAGGAAACCGAAGUGGUUCUUUGCAGCUGAUGUAUGAACAAAUGCAUAUACUUUCACCCUUGGUUCCACCUAGGGAAUUCUACUUCCUUCGACAUUGUCAGCAAAUUGAGGGUGCCACUUGGGUCAUUGCUGAUGUUUCCUAUGACUGCUUAAAAGAAACUAUCCUUUCAUCACGCUCUUGGAAGCUUCCUUCUGGAUGCAUGAUCGAGGAACUGCCUAAUGGUUUUUCCAAGGUUACUUGGAUAGAACAUGUGGAAGUAGAUGAUAAAACUCAAACUCAUAGACUCUACAGAGAUCUCAUCUGUGGCAGUUCCGCAUAUGGAGCUGAAAGAUGGAUUGCUGCGCUCCAAAGGGUAUGUGAAAGGUUAGCUUUCUCCUUCAGGGAAACUUUGCCUACUCGAGAUUUUGGAGGAGUAACAUGUUGCCCAUUGCUCAUUGCUCAUUGCUCAGUGAUUACUUCAACUGAAGGUAGAAGAAGCUUAAUGAAACUAUCCCACAGGAUGGUCAGGAGUUUCUGUGCAAUGUUAAGUAUGUCAGGUAAGUUGGAUUUUCCUCAAUUAUCCGAAGUGAACAAUAGUGGGGUUCGAGUAUCUGUUCGUAAAAGCACAGAACCAGGCCAGCCUGGUGGCUUGAUUGUCAGCGCAGCUACUUCUCUUUGGCUUCCUCUCCCACCUCAGAAUGUUUUCAGUUUCUUCAAAGAUGAGAAAACAAGAGUUCAGUGGGACAUUCUCUCAAAUGGAAAGCCAGUGCAUGAGAUUGCACACAUUUCCAAUGGUACACAUCCGGGAAACUGCAUAGCCAUUAUUAGGCCUUUUGUACCCUCUGAGAACAACAUGCUGAUGCUUCAAGAGAGCUGCACAGACCCUUCAGGAUCUUUAGUAGUAUAUGCUCCCGUUGAUAUCCCAUCAAUGAACAUAGCAAUAUCCGGCGAAGACUCAUCGAUCAUACCGAUCCUUCCAUCUGGUUUUGUCAUAUCUGGAGAUGGCAGACCGGAUGCAGGAAAUGUUGCUUCAACCAGUGCAAAUGCCGGAAGAACAGGUGGUUCACUUCUUACAGUAGCAUUUCAAAUAUUGGUUUCCACCCCUACAUCAACCUCUUCCUCUUUCUCCACUAAGGAGAUGAACAUGGAGUCUGUGGCAACUGUUAAUACCCUUAUUAGCUCUACUGUGCAAAAAAUUAAGGCUGCUUUGAAUUGCUCUAAUCUGGACUGAGCUACACUCUUUGUUGUUGUAAUAAUUUAGAUAUAAUAUGAAAAUGGUAGGAGAAGGAAAUAAAAAUGCAACUACAUAACAUAAAACUUUUGAAUUUUGAUGCUAAUAUUGUUGUUUUGAAACUCCGAUUUUAAUGGUUUCUUUUCUUCUUCUUAUUUCAUAAA